AUGGAAAACAUCAUUGUGAAGAAUUUUAAUAGGUAGCAUGAAGUAGUCAGAGGGUGGAGGAGAGGGAGGAACAAGCCCUGAAUCAUCCAAGGUGAAAGAGUUUGACUAGGCAAGGUGCAAGCACAGAGGCACAGUUUUGGAGAACAAUAGGAGGGACCCCAUCAGGUCCAUAAGCCUUCCAAGGGUUUAGGCCAGCAAGAGCAUGGAAAACAUCAUUGUGAAGAAUUUUAAUAGGUAGCAUGAAGUAGUCAGAGUGUGGAGGAGAGGGAGGAACAAGCCCUGAAUCAUCCAAGGUGAAAGAGUUUGACUAGGCAAGGUGCAAGCACAGAGGCACAGUUUUGGAGAACAAUAGGAGGGACCCCAUCAGGUCCAUAAGCCUUCCAAGGGUUUAGGCCAGCGAGAGCAUGGAAAACAUCAUUGUGAAGAAUUUUAAUAGGUAGCAUGAAGUAGACAGAGGGUGGAGGAGAGGAAGGAACAAGCCCUGAAUCAUCCAAGGUAGAGUUUUUAGCAAAGGUUUCAGCGAAGAGUUUAGCUUUAGAAAUAGAUGUGAUAGCAGUGGUGCCAUCUGGUUGAAAUAAAGGAGGGAAAGAAGAAGAAGCAAAAUUAUUGGAAAUAUUUUUGGCUAGAUGCCAGAAGUCAUGAGAGGAGUUAGAUCUUGAAAGGUUUUGACACUUUCUAUUAGUGAAGGAGUUUUUGGCUAGUUGGAGAACAGACUUGGCAUGGUUCCAGGCAGAAAUAUAAAGUGCAUGAGAUUCUGGUGAUGGAAGGCUAUGUUAAACCAAGGUUUAGAAGGUGUAGGUCGAGAAAAAGAGUGAGGAAUGUACGCCUCCAUGCCAGACAGUAUCACCUCUGUUAUGCGCUCAGCACACAAAGAUGGGUCUCUGGCACAGAAGCAGUAAUCAUUCCAAGGAGAAUCAGCAAAAUACCUCCUCAGGUUCCCCCAACUAGCAGAGGCAAAAUGCCAGAGGCACCUUCACUUAGGGGGAUCCUGAGGAGGGAUUGGAGUGAUAGGACAAGAUACAGAUAUGAGAUUGUGAUCAGAGGAGCCCAACGGAGAAGAAAGGGUGACAGCAUAAGCAGAAGGGUUAGAGGUCAGGAAAAGGUCAAGAAUGUUGGGCAUAUCUCCAAGACAGUCAGGAAUAUGAGUAGGGUGUUGCACCAAUUGCUCUAGGUUGUAGAGGAUAGCAAAGUUGAAGGCUAGUUCAAGGCUUGUUCAAAUGUAUAUGUCACUAUUGUGCUUGGUAGCAAGUUGGCAGGAUGUGGCACGGAUGUGUAUGACAAAGAGCAAAGGUCUCAAAACCUGUACUGUGUUAUAGGAAAUGUUAGGGGUUAUAAAGGUGUGUGGGUUAUUGCAUUUCAGGAGUAUUUUGACUUGCAGAGCUUUGUGGGACGGGAUGAUUUUUUUUUUUUUUCUCAUGUAAGAGGUGUAUGGGCCUAGGGCUACAAAAAUUUAGGGAAAAAAAAGACCAACUGAGAUUGCCAGUCCCCAAAAGAAAAUUUGUAACAUAAGUGUCUUGAAACUUCCCUCUUGAAAGAAAAAGUCAUAGGAAUGGGGAAACAGAGAAACAGGCUUAUAAGGCAGCGGGUGUAUAUCAUUUUGUACUGUUAUUGUUUAGUUUCCUGUGAUGUGUUGUAGGGAAUAUAAAUUGAUAUGAAGAUGUGUGCAUUCUUGCAUUUCCAGGGUUUUUUGUUGGGGUAGAGUGACAGCAGUUUGAUACUAGGCAGCCUGCCUCUAUCAUGUUGUGUUGUUUUCAUUGAUUCAUUUAUAAUUCAUUUAUAUAUUUUUAUGGCUGUCAUUGCAUUACACAUUAUUGGUUCACAAUCCCAUGGGUCUUCACACUCUGACUCACAGAUUAUCUAUGUAAGAGGUUUAUACUUAAGGCAGCUCAUGGACUCCAACCCCACUGUCACAGUCCUUUUGGCCCAGCUUCAAAAAAGAUCCUCUAGUGAUCAUAAUGGAUAUUUUAAAGUUAAGAGGAAUAUUUUGUUUUUCAUGAAUCACUGCACCAUUAAAUGAUAAUAUAACUGGUCUUGCACCUUUAAUCCCAUUUUCACCUUGUAAUGUUCCCUCUAAUGUUAUUUCUUUAUCACUGAUUAUGGUGCUUAUAAAGAUUACCCAUAUCUUUCGUUAGGUAAUGCCUCACUGUUUGGGAAUGGGCUAGAACAUAGUGAGCAUAUCUGGGCACAAUAACAAAAAUAUUUAUCAUGAUAACAAAUAAAUUGAUAACAAUAACCUUAUUGGCGAUAAUGGAUAAUCGAUAUCUGGCAAUAAGUUAUCACCCAAUAGCCGUUAACUGAUAAACUGAUAAAUCCAAAAUGUCUCUUCACUAAUGACAAGUACUGUUUUAAGUAAAAUAAUUACAUUUAAUAUUGAAAGUUUAAAACUUGAACAUGCUCAUGCUUCAAAAACUAAAAUGAUCAAUUAUUGCUAGUUUGGAACCAAAAGUAUCGGCGAUACUGAUCAAUCAAUAACAGGAAAAAUAAUUAAUGGAUAACUGAUAAUCCAAUAUCAUUAUCACGACAAAUUAUCAUGAUAAAUUAUCACGAUGAGGCCCACCUAUGAUAGUGAGUGUCAUUUUAUGUGUUUAUUUCCUAGGGAGUGACAGACUUCAAAUCUAGGCAAUGCUGAACACCUGAGAUACACACAGAGAGGUUAGCCUUUUUGGUGGAUGGCAUUAUAUAUUGUGAAUUAAUUUUGAUAGUGGCUGAGUUUAGAGUAGUAAGUGCUGUAUCCUCACAUCUUCCAUAUGGGGACAAUAUGAUAGUAAUGAUUUUCUUGAGGUGAGGAAAUACACUACUUAGUCAGUUCACUUGUUGAUCUUAAUGACAAAAAGGGCUUUUUAUUUGUACCAUGAAGGGAUGUAUCUGUCAUAUUAUUCAUAACUGUUAAUUGAUAGCUUUUAUGUAGUAUAUAUCUGUGGUGUAUGAUGUGAUCCAGUGUUGUACAUGCUCAGGGUGUGCCAACUUUUGAAAUUUAUUCUCUCCUAGACCAUCAUUAUUUUCCAUGUUUUCUUUACAUUUUCUAUGUUUCUGUUGACAGUUCACUGCACCUUAAAAUGAUGUCAGCCUGGCAUGCAGAUAGAUGAUAAAUAUAUACGUAUAUAAUAUAAGGGAUGAUUUGUAUAGGCCAAAAGAGAUAGGCAGUUGUUUAUUACAGUACCUUGCUCUUGUGGAAGACUUCUGCUAAUAUGAAAGAACAGGCAUCAGAGAGUUUAUGAAGGACCUGCAACUAAAUGAUAUGCCGGACAGCUCACAGGAGACAAGAAUGCCAACACCAGCCUGGGAUAGGGACCCUGAGGGGGAGGCCUUCAGGGAGAGCAUGAAGGAGGGCAGCUUUGUGGCACAAUUUCAGGCCCUCAUCCUCCGUAAUUUGGCCAUUAAGAAACGCGACAGACGGAAAUCACUAACUGAGCUGUUGAUGCCUCUUUACUGGAUAAUGAUUCUGGCAAUCGUUCGGCUCACCAGCAAUGGCAAUGUGUUGGAGCCUGUGGAGGUUCCACAUGGGCAGGGCUCCCUCAUGGACAGUGCCAGGUUCUUGAAUUGUGGAACACUUCAUGUGGCUCCUCAGACUUACAAGGUAGAACAGGUCAUGGAUGAGGUGCUGAGUAUUGGAGAAGAACUGAGUACUGAUAUUUCUGUUGAAUACUACAAGAAUGAAACUGAGUUACUAAACCAUUUCUAUGCCAACAAAACCUUAGUAAAAGUUGCAGUCAUAUUUGAAGACAAUCCUCUGAGUAACAAGAGCUACACACUGAGAUUCAAUCCAAUGUUUUCAUUCCUACCAUCAGCUGGACUGUGGAGCAGAGGAGAAGAAUGCCGCAAUGUGGAUGAUCCUUCUGAGCUGCAGGUGACAGGCUGCUCUCCCAAUAACUACUUCUACUCUGGGUUCUCAGCACUGCAGACCAUCAUUGAUAUGGCUCUGACUAAUCUGACCACUGCUGCAAAUGUCAAAGUACCAAAUGUCAUACUUGAAAACUUUCCAAGAGGAGGUUUUCAGACAGGUGGUGGCACUGCUCUUCGCUCCAUUGUGCCACUGUAUAUGGUGUUUGCUUGGGCACAGUUUAUUAUAUACAUGAUGAUGCUGGUGGUGGAAGAGAAAGAGAAGAAACUGAAGGAGAGCAUGAAGAUGAUGGGACUGCGUGAUUCUGUCUACUGGUUGUCGUGGUUCACCAUAUACGCUGUAUAUGUGCUUUUUUUGUCCUUGGUUUGCAUCAUUCUGCUGCCACUUGCCAACGUCUUUCAGAAGGCCAAUAUCUUCCUCCUGUUCCUGGUGUUCAUCCUCUAUGGCUUCUCCUCCAUCAUGUUUGGCUUCAUGCUAACACCUUUCUUCAACAAAGCAAAAGUUGCAGGAGUUGUUGGGAAUCUGGUCCAGAUCUCCUUCAGUCUUCUGUUUUACCUCCAAGUCUUCCUUGAAGAUGAAGUGUCCCCUGGAGUUUUCUGGGGUCUUUCACUCCUCUCUCCCUGUGCAUUUGCCUUUGCAAUUGAUAAGGUGAUCCUGUUUGACUUCUCUGCUAAUGGUCUGACCUUUGACUCUAUCUGGGACGGCAAAGGACUUCCCUUUGCUGGCAGCCUCAUCAUGCUCACCAUCGAUAUAUUCCUCUAUCUGUUUCUGGCAUACUACCUGGAUAAUGUUAUUCCAAGUGAAUAUGGCACCAAAAGAAAACCUUGGUUUAUAUUUCAGAAGUCAUUUUGGGUAAAAAGUCGUAGCAAAUUCUAUAAGCUGUCACCUACUGAAGGUGUCAACAAUCAAACAUUUUCAGUUGAGCUUCCAGACAAUCCAGAUGUGGAGUUAGUGUCUGAUGAGAUGAAGCAGAGGACAGCUGUACGUAUUCGUAACUUGGAGAAGAUUUUCAGUUCACGAGGAAAGAAACCUGUGAAAGCAGUGGAUGAUUUCAGCUUGGACAUCUAUGAAGGGCAGAUAACAGCCAUCCUAGGUCACAAUGGAGCUGGCAAGACAACAUUGUUCAACAUCUUGACAGGCAUGACUGCUCCUUCCCAAGGCUCAGCAACCAUCUUUGGCCUGGACAUCAGUGACAUAAAUGAGCUGACAGAAAUCCGGAAAAACACUGGCAUCUGUCCACAGCAUGAUGUUGUCUUCCUGUCCCUCACUGCCAGGGAACACCUCCGCUUCUUUGCCCGCAUCAGAGGAGUCCCUCAAGAUAAGAUAGAAAGUGAGGUUGAGCAAACUCUGAAGGAGGUUUACCUGGAUGAGAAAGCAGACACAAAGGCUUCAGACCUCUCAGGUGGACAGAAGAGAAAAUUGUCCAUUGCCAUUGCACUCAUUGGAGACCCCAAAUUGAUCUUCCUGGAUGAACCGACAGCAGGAGUUGAUGCUUACUCCCGCAGGAAAUUGUGGACACUAUUGAAGAACAGAAAGGAGGGCAAAGUGAUUCUUUUGACAACUCAUUUUAUGGACGAAGCAGACAUUCUUGCUGAUCGGAAGGCAAUAAUGUCCAAGGGCAGGCUGCGGUGCUGUGGAACAUCUCUCUUCCUCAAGAAUAAGUUUGGCCUGGGAUACCAUCUCACAUUGAUUGUGGAGGAGAAUUCUGAUGAGCAAGCAGUUCGUAAAAUCCUGAAAAAAGUCAUCCCAGAGGUCCAGCUAGCCCGGUAUUAUGGCAAAGAAAUGUCAUUCAUCCUCCCAUCAGAUUCCUCAUCACAGUUUCCUUCCCUCUUCAAGCAGCUGGACCAGAGUAUUGCCAGCACUCAGGAAGGCAUUGAGGGCUAUGGGGUUUCCAUGACCACUCUGGAGGAGGUGUUUCUGGUGCUGAAUGAUGAGAGUGAGGAGGGUGAACUUGGCUCCAUGAACAACGUAGGUCAGCAUAUGAUUCGUGAGAAGUCCCCCUCAGCCUCACCUUCCCACACUUCCUCACUACAAGAGAAUGGGAUGCAGGACAACUACAUGGCAGCAAAUAAAGGCUAUGUAAUUGAAAGUGUGGAGGUCAAGAGAGAGGAUUGGAGAGCCUUUCUUGCACUGCUGAAGAUUCGUUGUACUAAUCUGAUACGGGAGCCAGCAGCAGUGAUAUUCUUGAUCCUUUUCCCGCUUGCCUUCACCAUUGGGUCCAUCGCCCUGGCAAACUCACAAAGUAUAAAGAUCUCCACUAAUGAAGUUAUUGCCCUUAAUCCAAGUAUUUACGGUAAAAAAUUCCAUGGGACACUCCUGCACAACGCCACAGGUCAUGAGCUCAGUGGCCUGGUGUCCACUCUCACUGCAGCAGACAUGGAGGUUGGCCCUUACUCUGGCAACUACUCUGACCUGCUGAAUGAGGACCACAACAUGGGAGCCUACAAUGUUCACAGCUUCCCAAGAAUGAAUAGUAAUAUAGAGGACAAAGCAGAAGUGAGGGUGCGUUUCAAUGACUCCUACAUGCAUUCCAUUCCGAUACUGGUGAACCUCCUCAACAAUGGAAUUAUGAGUUCCAUCCUGGAUACUACUGACACAAUCAGUGUAUUCUCCAACCCUUUGCCCAUCACUAAGGAUAGCAUAGCGUUUGAUGCAUCAACCUUCGUCUCCCCUAUGAUGAUUGGCUUUGCUUUCACCAUCAUUCCUGCUGGGCUGACCAUGGACCUUGUCCAUGACAGGGAGAUCAAGGCAAGAUACAUGCUUAGGCUGAAUGGAGUUGGAUUCCACAUCUACUUCUCAUCUUACCUCAUAAUGAUGAUAGGCCUCUACAUGGUGUCCUACAUUGGCCUCCUAAUAAUUGUUGCUGCAUUUGGGGUCAAGUCACUUAUUAUUCCCCAAGCAUUUGGUGCUCUUGCCCUCCUCUACUUUCUUUACAUGCCAGCUGCUAUUCUUUUUUCAGCUGUCAUGAGCUACAUGUUUGACAAGUCGGAAACUGCCCGCCAGUUUUAUCCAAAUCUUGUCACAACAUUGGGUUUCAUAACCUACACAAUAGUGGCACUUGUUGACAUGCUUGUUGAAGGCAGUGAUGUAAAUCCAGCACAAAUCUUACACAUUAUUUUAACUAUAAUCUUUCCUCCUUACAUACCAUUUGGUUUGAUGUACUACAUCAACAAAGUAUACUUAGAAUGCUCAAUAUUUAACACCUGUGACAAUCUCUCUGCUAGUGACUACAUGACAACAGAAAUUAUUGUCCUGUUUGUGGUGACGGUUGUAAGUAUUCCUACAUGGUACUUAAUGCUGCGGGUGGCAGACUCUAUCAAGCUUGGGGGCAGCUGGCAGUCAGCUUUAUGGAUGAAAAGCCCAAGAAAAACCUAUAAUUUAGACCAAUUGCAAGAGAAUGGUGUGGGAGUAUCAGAAGGUGAGGAUGAUGAUGUGAAACAGGAGAGGGAAAAUGUAGCUGCUGCCCUUCAGGAUACAUCCUCUACUUCCCCAGUCCUUAUUUAUGACCUUGGCAAAACAUACAAGAAAGACACAGGAAAAAGCAAUCCUUGUAAAAGAAACAAGGAAAGUGAACAGUUCUGUGCAGUGAAGAAUGUGUCAUUUGAGGUCAAGCAGAGUCAGGUGUUUGGUUUGCUGGGGCCAAAUGGUGCUGGCAAAACAACAACACUCAGUAUAAUGACAGCAGAAGAGAGCGCCUCCUGGGGAAAAGUACAGAUAUGUGGAGAGAACAUUCAGUCAAGCUUAUCCUCUGUAUUUGAGGUGAUGGGAUACUGUCCCCAGCAUGAUGCUCUCUGGCAAAACAUCACAGUAGCUGAACAUAUUGCUGGCUAUGCUGAGAUACGUGGCAUCAGGAGAGACCAAGUUAAAUUGCUGGUGGACAUGUAUGUAAAAGGUCUUGAGAUAGAGGAACACAAGGACAAGAAGAGCAAAGACUGUUCUGGAGGCACCAAGAGGAAACUGAGCUACAUUCUCAGCAUGCUGGGUCAGCCUCGAGUGGUGCUGCUUGAUGAACCCUCAACAGGCAUGGACCCCAAAUCCAAGCGUUUCUUGUGGAACUCCAUCCUCUCUUCUUUCCAAGAUGAGCGCAGUGCUAUACUGACAACACAUUCCAUGGAGGAGGCUGAUGCUCUCUGUUCUUCCAUUGGCAUCCUGGUUCGUGGCAGCAUGAGAUGCAUUGGACCCAUUCAGCACCUCAAGAAUAAGUAUGGCAGAGGGUACACAUUGGAGGUAAAGGUGAAGCCCAACAGAGCACCAGUGUCCAUCAGCAAUGCCAGCUCCCCCAGCCAUGUCAUUUCUGCUGAAAAAGGAAACAGUAUAAUCAAGCAAGUUCAACAAAAGGUCAUAGAAACAUUCCCAAAUGCAACACUGGAUGAGCAGUUUGAGGAGCGGCUGAUUUACAAAGUUCCUCAGACUGAUGUGAUGAGUCUGGCCCUGAUUUUUGAGAUGCUGGAAAAGAUCAAGAGUGAUGGUCUGGUGGAUGAAUAUGCACUGAGCCAGACUACCUUAGAGCAAGUUUUCUUGCAGUUUGCUCGCCAGCAGGAGGAAGAGGAUGACAAGGAAGAGAAUGGAGAUAUUGUCUCUCACAUUUCAUGAGAAGUGAACUAUGUAUUGUAUGAUUGUGUAUUCCAUGUUUUGUGUAUGCAUAUUUGCAAAAGAAAAAAAAACCUGUCCAUUCAUAGAUAUUUGUAUGCAUGAAUAGUCUGGUACCUGUUCAUAAUUUUAGAAACUUGAAUUGCACAAGAUCAGUUUUCACACUUGUCUAGUGCACUGACAUACUUUACUGCAUUAGUAUGACUGUGAUAUGACUAAUUUCAUACUUUACUGCAUUAGUAUAACUGUGAUAUGACUAAUUUCCUUUCCAACCCAAAUCUUACUGUCUGUUUCAUCUCCUCCUCUUUCCUUGGAUGAUAAAAGACUUCUGGUAUCCCUCCACAGUGAAUUUUCCUUAUUUUUUCUUUCUGAUGUUCUUUUUUGCUAUUACAGUUAAUGAUUAGUGUACACUAUUUGGAUUAAUUUAAGGAAUUGCUUAAUUAUUAAGCAUUUUAUUUAUUUUUUUUUAUUUUGAGAGAAAAAAAAUUGCAGGAUUAUUAAAUCUGCAAAAAUAAAAAUGAAAAGUGCACAAUAUGAAAUAUUUGUGGUGUAUUAUUAUGAAAUAUUAUAAUGUAGAAUGGUAUGAAAUAUUAAAAUGUACUGAGUAACUCCUUUAUAUCUGUAUUCUUGUCUUAGAGACAAGAAUACAGGCUUUGGAAAAAUGGAAAAAUAAGUCAUAUAAGCAUGUGAUUACUUGGAAUGGUGAUUAUUGUCAUCUCUGUUUGCCCCAUCUAGCAUCUCACUUCUUCAUGUACUGACUUCUCUCCUAGUACUUUAAUGUAACAUUAGUCAGUAUACUAAGCCACUAUACAUGUAAAGGUUGUGGCUCACCUGUACACUGUGGUACACCUGACUCACCUGUUGUACACUGGUAUGUGGUUGUGACUCACCUGUACAUUAUAGUACAUGUGCAUGUGGUGUUGAUCAUGUGCAUGUGGUGUUGAUUAUAUAUAUAUAUAUAUAUAUAUAUAUAUAUAUAUAUAUAUAUAUAUAUAUAUAUAUAUAUAUAUAUAUAUAUAUAUAUAUAUAUAUAUAUAUAUAUAUAAUCUCAUGUGCUUCUUAUAAAUUUCCUAUUUUUUUAAGUUUUAUGGUUUCUAUUCUGUUCUUAUCAAUUAUAUUUAUGACAAAUAUUGUACUUUAAAAAGUACCUAGUGUAAUAAUGUCUAUAAUUAAGUAAUUUGAAGUUACUACCUCUAAUUUUUUAAACACAGCUGAUUUCAUAAAAUAAUUGGGACUGGUUAAGUAUAACACAGGCUGACAUCCCCUUCAUACACACACACACACACACACACACUUUAGUAACUAGGUGACUAUGAAGGAAAGGAUUGAUCUUCACUAAAUACAAUACACCAAGAUCAAUUACAUAACCCAUCAUUGUCAGGACUCAGCAAAAUCUAACUCUAAACAUAAACCUGAUCUAUUCUAUCUUCUUUACCAGUGUCCCCUGUAAAUGGGGUAAAUGAAACAGGCUGUACAUUAACAUUAAUCUUAUCCAUAAGCAUCUCACAUUUAAUUUCUCCACUGGUCACUACAAUACCUGUUAACUGAAAAUUCUGUUAAUGGUGAUAUUCAAGCUAGAAAUUCUAAAGCCUUAAAUUAUUGUGUAUGAUAAAUAUUGUCUUCAUGCUUUUAGAGCAUUUCUUCAAAAUGUUACUAGUUAAUAUAUAUUAAUGUCAUGUAGAUGUUUACAGUGAUUUUAAAGCUACAAAACCCUAGGUAAGCAUAUCAUAUUUGAAGCUGUUACACUCAAGGCUUCAGAUGUGAUAUGUUUAAUGCACAAUGCUUAUGCCGUAUAGAAUUUUAUUACUUUAAGAUAAUGUGGUCAAACAAGAGUAUUCUGGUGAGGCAUGCAGGCAUUCCUAAGUUUGUUAGUUGUUGUGAGGAUGAUAUUUAUGGUUAUUCUGUAGUCAUUACUUAUCAUCAAGAAGGCUGAAAUAUCAAAAUUAUAUUGAUGAGAGUUUCUUGCAAAAGUUCAUGCAUUCAUAAACUAGGUUGAGAUCUACCUUAAAGGGAGGUAGUCCAGACAAGACUAGUCUUAUCAUGCUUUUUUUCACAGUUUACAGAGAAUACAGUGGCAGUACCCUUCAACUGUGUCCACAGAGUGUAUCAACCUCAUAAUGGUGCUGGUAUAAUGUGUGGUGAAGUCAGUUCUGUAUGAUAUACCUAUUUAUACUUCACCAUCCUCUUCAUAUACAGGCCAUGUAGACCCAUUUAUAGAAUGCGAUGCCUACUAUAUUUAGAGGAAUCAACACACAUAAUACCAUAGAAUACUGAAUAGCCUAUCAAAUAGUGCAAUUUUUUAAUAUUAAAAGCUGUGAAAUAUUCAACUAAGAAAUUAUCUGGUGCCACAAGUAGAUCUCAGAGGCAUGAGUUGCAGAUCCAAAAUUUAUUAAAUUCAAUGAGAAACUUGAGUUACAUGAAUGAGAAUCAAAUAGUGCAGAACACACAACGAUGUUAUUAACCUUGUGUGCCUCAGUAAUCUUGACAUUUCCAUCCCUUAUAUAUCAGUCCAUUUGAAAUCAUAGUAACCCUAUUUUGUGCAUUACCAUAUUUAACAAUUAAUUAAUGAAGUAGACUUUUUACUUAAAACAUGGGCAAGAAAUUCCCACACAUUGUUCAAGAUACAGGCAUGUGGUUACCAUGAGGGUUAGCAACUUGAAUACUCAAAUCUACUCACUGUGAUGCUACCUCAGUGCCAGAUUACAUACCUGUUGCAUGUAAUCUCAAUAUAACACAUUCCAUUCACAUCAACUGUCACUAUAAUGUAAAAAACAUUAAAAAACUAUGUGUGGAGAGUAUUUUUUCAGAGCUAUAAACAAAAGUUUAAGUGAUCAUCACACAGUCGUUACAUUCUUAUACUUACAACUAUAUUGGUGGGCGGCACAGUUGGAUAAUCACCUGAUUGUUCUUUGGUUGGUAGUCUGAUUUCAAGACCUCUAUUGGUGAAAUAGGCUGCAUUGGUUUCAUGUGGAUCGGCAGUGAAAGUAACUUGAAAACUUACAAUUUUGUCUUGGAAGUAGUUAAAUACAAUAUUCUAAUCCUUCAUUAUGAAUGAUUGUACUUGAUUAUUAUUAAGUGUGGUUAUUUGUCAGCUUCAAUAAAUCAAACUUAACUCAAGCUCAGCCCUCCAAUAACUUUUCUGAAAAGUUACGUAUAUCAAAACGAGAUAUUGAGUAAUUGAAGCUCAUUUAUCCACCAAAUUCAAAUCUCAUCAUAAGAUAUGCCACUAAUUCUCUUGCUAUAUAUUUUACCUCCAGUAUCUUGAUUUAUAAAGCAAUGGAUUAGUUUUAUUUUAUCAGCCACAGAGUAGGUAGCUAAAAAACAAUGCCAUUUAUUUACCCUCUGGGAGUAACAGAAGUUAUUGUUAGAAGAUGUAGUUCUAUAUUGGUGAUAUUUUCAAUGUUUAGCUUUCUUUAUUAUGUGACAUGAGUGAACACUUCUCGAAGUAUAUUAAUCCCUAGUCUUGCCUGUGGUUUUAAAGAAAAGGACAAAAAGUGCACUGUUAGAAAUGGACCAAAGUGAUGAAUGAUUUCAAAGUGCAAAACAUUCCUAACAGUUAAUGUAGAAUAACAGUUAUGAAAGUAUUUGUGAAAUGCAAGUUGCAUUUUGUAAUUGUUUUUUUUACCAGUAUAUUCUAAUAUAUGAGUAUAUAUUGGAGUCAGAAGUUCUUAACAUCUUUUUAAUGGUUGGCUUCAAAUCUGCAGGCUUAGAUUACAUCCAGAUCAUGCAAAUUUUACCAGAUAAACGUUUACUCUUGCAUUUUCAUGAUACCCUUAAUUACUAAAAAUAUAAGGCAGAAUGCAUCUUCACAUUAUGUAAUUUCCACAAUGUUCAUUAAUUUUCCUUUCAUGUAAUUUUAUGCCUUAUUUAUGCAACACUGACAGGACAUGCUUAUCAAUCAUAUGAGAAAGAAAAAAAUCUUGCAAUCCACAGCAAGGCACCUUACACUUUUAAUAACUUAAGCUGUACCAUAUAUAAAUAGCUUAGCUUAAUCUCACAAAAACGUAUAUCUCUUUAUAUGAAGAGAGGAACAAAGAACUAUUUCCCAUAUGAAUACUUUACAGUAUGGAAAUUGGCUAUAAAUUGUGCUAUCUCCCUCAACAUUAAUGAAUUAAGUUAAUACUUCAAUCUACCAGUUCCUUAGCCAAAAAUUAUUAUUAAUUUAUUAUUAUUAUUAUUAUUAUUAUUAUUAUUAUUAUUAUUAUUAUUAUUAUUAUUAUUAUUAUUAUUAUUAUUAUUAUUAUUAUUAAAGAAUGUAUAAGCUAUCAUUUGUUGGCAUACAAGACACUUUUUAUGAUGUAAAAAACAAUUACCUUGAGUUCACAUUAGAUAACUCAGAAGUGUACUCAAAGCAGAAAUAUCUUCAUAAAGCAGAAGUGCAUCAUUUAUACACAGGUGGGUUUUAUAUGCCAGUAAAUAUAGUAUUUAUCACAUAUACAAUUGAUUUUCCUUAGUGUGAUAAAGUUGUGAUUUGAAAUAUCAACAGGAAUGUAAAUGUCAGUGAUUGAUAACACUUGUUUUACUUUCACUAAAGCAAUUAAUACUUUUUUCAAACUUAAAAUUUUAUGUGUAUCUUAUUCCAUUCUUACUAUCUUGGAAAGUAAGUCAUUAUUCACAACUUUUUUUGUUUUGGAUGAAUUAAAGACUAGUUUCAAUGAACUUACAGUGAACAAUAUAAACCGAUUAUUUACACUAGUGAUAAAGUAGCCAGCUUCACAUAUUACAGUUGUUGGAAAAGAAUAUUAUUUAUCAUAAGACUAUCUUAGAGAGAGAGAGAGAGAGAGAGAGAGAGAGAGAGAGAGAGAGUAAAAAAGUUGAGGCAAAGAAGUGUUGCAAUGUGAAGACAUUUAAUGCUGUAUUCUUUUCAUGGAUACUGAAAGAAAAAUUGAAUGAAGUAUAUAGUUUUCAUCUUUGCAGAGGCAAAUAGUACAGUUAGCAUACUCUGUGAUAGAGUGUUUGUGCAUUGAUUCUUAAACUACACUCAGGUAAGCCCUGAGGUGGCUGGUGAGUGGCUUUCCAUGGAGAGAUCACAGCAGGAGGCUGGUGAUACACCCCCAGAGAAGCCAACAAGAGGAAGUGUUGCUAAUGUUAAUUAAGUUUUCCAGUCAAGAAGGCUAUUUUGAUGUAUGUAAUUAGAUGUUCAGAUUUUAUUAGCAUGUCCUUAAUACAAGAGGGGUAACUUCCUAUGCCGUCCUUUCUGUGACAUCAUUUUUUAUUAGAGAAAUUAAUAUUUUUAAAAUGUAUUAGGUAAAUUUACAGAUUUAUACAUUUUGUCUAAUAUUCAUGCAUCUUUGUAUGCAUGUCCGGAGAGAAUUUGCAUGUAAUUAACCAAUAUUUAAUCCUGCAAUCUGCAUGUAACUGAUUUAAAUACACAUUUCAAACGGAA